GGUUCGCCUACAAACUGCUCCACGACCUCUUCGCCAACUACUCCAGCGCCCUGCGCCCCGUGGAGGACACGGACCGGGCUCUCAACGUCACCCUCAAGGUCACCUUGGCCCAGAUCAUCGACAUGGACGAGAGGAACCAGGUGCUCACCUCCUACCUGUGGGUCCGCCAGACCUGGCUGGACGCGCACCUCACCUGGGACAAGGACGAGUACGGCGGCAUCGACAGCAUCCGCAUCCCCAGCAGCUACGUGUGGCGGCCGGACAUCAUCCUCUACAACAAUGCCGCCUCACCUUCGGCUCCUGGACCUACAACGGGAACCAGAUCGACCUCCGCAACCAGCUGGACAGCGGCGACCUGACGGACUUCGUGGAGAACGUGGAGUGGGAGGUGCUGGGCAUGCCGGCCACCAGGAAUGUCAUCACCUACGGCUGCUGCUCCGAGCCCUACCCCGACGUCACCUACACCCUGCUCCUGCGCCGCCGCGCCUCCUUCUACAUCUUCAACCUGCUCCUGCCCUGCAUCAUGGUCUCCUUCCUGGCGCCGCUGGGCUUCUACCUGCCCGCCGACUCGGGGGAGAAGGUGUCGCUGGGGGUGACGGUGCUGCUGGCCCUCACCGUGUUCCAGCUGCUGGUGGCCGAGAGCAUGCCGCCCUCGGAGAGCGUCCCGCUCAUCGGGAAGUACUACAUCGCCACCAUGACCAUGAUCACGGCCUCCACGGCGCUCACCAUCUUCAUCAUGAACUUGCACCACUGCGGCCCGGGGGCCCGGCCCGUGCCGCCCUGGGCGCGCCGCCUCAUCCUGCACCACCUGGCCCGCCUCUGCUGCGUCUACGAGGUGGGCGAGAGCUGCAAGAGCCCCCGGCGGGCAGCGGGCGGGCGGGCAGCGCCGGGGGAUGCCAGGGCGGCGGGGGAGAGCCCCGGGGAGCGGCGGGCGGGCGCGGAGGUGCGGGGCUGCCCCUGGGACCACUGCCUGUGCCACCACGGUGCCCUGCUGAGCAACGUGGGGUACAUCGCCGGCUGCUUCCGCCGCCACCGCGCCAACCAGCGCCGCACCGGCGAGUGGAAGAAGGUGGCCAAGGUGAUGGACCGCUUCUUCAUGUGGGUCUUCUUCCUCAUGGUCUUCCUCAUGAGCGUGCUGGUCCUGGGCAACGCUGCCUGACGGCUGUGCGGGCCCAGCACUGCGGCCCCCGGGGACGGCGGGGGCUGCGGGUGUCUCAUGAGGGUGACACAAAUGUCCCUGGUGCCCCCGUGGCUGCAGGGAGGAGCUGCUCCAUCCCUGGGGAACGGGUGCCCGAGAGUGGGAGCCCCUGCUGCAGGGCUGGGGGGUGCCAGCCCCUGUCCCACUGCACCAGAGUGGGCACCCACAACCCCCGUGGCAUCCUGCACCUGGGAAAUGCACCAAACUGGAAAUAAACCGUGGAAAUGCACCAAACUGGAAAUAAAUAAUGGAAAUGCA